AUGUGGUGCUGGAGGCUGGCAUGGCUGCUCAGGGGGCUGAGCUGGCAGCGUGGGACCUCCGGACAUCGCUCACUGUGGCUGUCCCGUGGCACAAGGACCAUCCUGGCUGCUGCAGCACAUGGGCACCACACAGCCCCAGAGUCCCUCAGGUGUGCCUGGCAGUUGCACAGGGACCAUCUAGAGCUCACGUAUGGGAACACGUUGAUGCGCUUAGACUUCGUGUGGCUGCGGGACCACUGCCGCUCAGCCUCCUGCUACAACACCAAGACCAACCAGCGCAGCCUGGACACAGCCAGCGUGGACCUGGCCAUCAGGCCCCAGGCUGUCCGUGUGGAUGGGACCACACUCUUCCUCACCUGGCCGGACGGGCAUGUGACACGGUACGGGCUGGAGUGGCUGGUGAAGAACAGCUACGAGGGGCAGAAGCAGCAGGUCAUGCACCCGCGGAUCCUCUGGAAUGCAGAGAUCUACCGGCAAGCCCAGGUGCCAUCUGUUGACUGCCAGAGCUUCCUGGAGACAGAUGAGGGGCUGAAGGAAUUCCUGCAGAACUUCUUGUUGUACGGGAUUGCUUUUGUGGAGAAUGUCACUCCCACCAAAGAGGACACAGAAAUCUUGGCCGAAAGGAUCAGCAUCAUCAGAGAGACCAUUUAUGGCAGGAUGUGGUACUUCACCUCUGACUUCUCCCGGGGAGACACAGCCUACACCAAGCUGGCCCUGGAUCGGCACACGGACACAACCUACUUCCAGGAGCCCUGUGGCAUCCAGGUGUUCCACUGCCUGAAGCACGAGGGCACGGGCGGGCGGACACUGCUGGUAGACGGUUUCCAUGCGGCGGAACAGGUGCUGCGCAAAGCCCCAGAGCAGUUCGAGCUGCUCUGCAAGGUGCCCCUCAAGCAUGAGUAUGUGGAGAAUGUGGGAGAUUGCCACAACCACAUGAUCGGAGUGGGGCCAGUUCUCAAUGUCUAUCCCUGGAACAACGAGCUUUACCUGAUCAGGUACAAUAACUAUGACCGUGCUGUCAUCAACACAGUGCCAUACGACGUGGUGCACCGCUGGUACCACGCUCACCGCACACUCACCACCGAGCUCAGGAGGCCUGAGAACGAACUGUGGGUCAAGCUGAAGCCAGGCAAGGCCCUGUUUGUGGAUAACUGGCGUGUCCUACAUGGCCGGGAAGCGUUCACAGGGUACCGGCAGCUCUGUGGGUGCUACUUGACAAGGGAUGAUGUGCUGAACACUGCCCGUCUGCUGGGGCUCCAGGCUUAGCCCAGCCCUCUGGGAGAG